GGCCUCCUUUUCCAGUCAAUCAAUUAAUCAGUCGUAUUUAUUGAGCGCUUACUGCGUGCAGAGCACUGUACUAAGCGCUUGAGAAGUACAAGCCCGAGCCCUCCUCUUGCACGGGGCCUCCCUUUGCACGGAUCUUCCCGUUGCACGGGGCCUCUCUUUGCACGGAUCCUCCCGUUGCACGGGGACUCCUCCCGUUGCCCGGUUCCUCCCGUUGCCCGGGGCGUCCCUCCCAUUUCCCGGAGCCCCCCGUGUCCCUCCGUUUUUCGGGGCGGGUCCGGGGGUCUCCGGGCAUUCGUCGCCAUGUCGUCCGUGGAGGCUGCGCUGCAGCGGGCGCUGGGGACCCGCAAGUUGACGGCGGGGGGGCCGGCCGGGGGCGGCUGCAUCAGCCAGGGCCGGGUCUACAGCACGGACCGAGGAAAAGUCUUCGUCAAACUCAACUCCAAACCCCAGGCCAGGAGGAUGUUUGAGGGCGAAAUGGCCAGCCUCACCGCCAUCCUGCGAACCCACACCGUCAAAGUCCCGAAGCCCAUCACGGUCAUCGACGUGCCCGAGGGCGGCAGCGCCCUGGUCAUGGAAUACCUGGACAUGCGCUCUCUGGGCAGUCACGCAGCCAAGCUGGGCGAGCAGUUGGCAGACCUGCACCUGCAGAACCAGAAGCUGGGAGAGAAGCUCCAGAAGGAGGAGGGCACCGUGGGGAAGGGAGCGGGCCAGUCGGACCUGCAGUUCGUGGACCAGUUUGGGUUUGACGUGGUGACCUGCUGCGGGUACCUGCCCCAGGUGAACGAUUGGCAGAGAGACUGGGUGGCUUUCUUCGCCCAGCAGCGCAUCGAGCACCAGAUAAACCUGUUGGAGAAGGAGACGGGCAACCGAGAGGCCCGCGAACUUUGGGCUCAGCUGCAGCUGAAGCUGCCGGAGCUGUUCAGCGCGGUGACCGUGGUGCCCGCCCUGCUGCACGGAGACCUGUGGGGGGGGAAUGUGGCCGAGGACGCCGACGGGCCCGUCAUCUUCGACCCGGCCUCCUUCUAUGGGCACGCGGAGUACGAGCUGGCCAUCGCCGGGAUGUUCGGGGGCUUCAGUGACGCCUUCUACUCGGCUUACCACCGCCGCAUCCCCAAGGCCCCCGGCUUUGACCGCCGCCUGCGGCUCUACCAGCUCUUCCACUACCUGAACCAUUGGAACCACUUCGGCUCUGGCUACCGUGGCUCAUCCCUCGGCAUCAUGCGGGAGCUCCUCAAGUGAAGGGGGCCGCUGAUCGGCUCCCUUCCGGAUGGGGGACCCCCUUCCCGCCCCCCUCGGCUCCUCCCGCUCGCCGCGGUCCAUCCCUUGACCCCUCCCCACUGGUGGGAUCGACCCAGCCGAGCCGCUCGCCGGCCCGGGGCUGAGGCCGGCCCCGGGCCUGGCUUUGAGGGAGGUGCCCGGCCUUAAGGCUGGCGCGGCAGCUAGUCACCGCUGAGGAAAAUGGGCAGAGACCGCCCCCCUCCCCAAAUGCCCCUCAGGACCGGGGCAGCCCGGAAGGGAACUCCGGGGGUAUUGCAGAACUGAUGUUCCCUGUGGGAUUCCCAAUCCUACUCCCCUCGCCCAUCCAUUCCCACCCAGAGGAGCACCUCCAGCUGGGAAGGACAGCUAGGUCUUCCCAGCUGGAGCCAGGCUAGGGACCCCCUCCUCUUCCUGAUCCUUAGUCCUGGGUCGCCUCAGCCCCCUCCCUCCUGUCACAGGGGACCACCUUUCCUCGGGGGCUGUUGGUUCCCGCAGGAAGUUGCCCCGUCCAGCCCACGAGCCGUUCCCCGACUCCCACAGCCUGGGGUUGAAGGGGCUGUCAGGGAGGAGGAAGAGGGUGGAGGGCUUGAAGGCUGAGGUGGGGUGGAACCAGGGUCCAGGCUCUGUGUGCUGGAAGUUCUGGACCGGAGACCACACACCUCUUCCCCUGGGUGGGCUAGGCCACAUCUUGCCUUUGGUCUCUGGGGGACCUGAGAGCAAGGAAGGGCCAGCUCCCUGAGCGGGCAGUGUGGCAGCUGUCACCCAGGGGCAUCGGAAGCGUGUUUGAGGAGCCCAUUUUCCCUGUCCAGCCGUCCGCAGGCUGCUUGUUUUCACCGCUUGCUUACAGACCCCUCUGUGACCCGGAGCGGCGUGCGAAGCCCCUGCCAGAAUAAAUGAAUCAUUAGACCA